GUACAGCGGAACAAAGGAGAGUUCAACGGAAUCACCGAAUCAGAAUGAAUAAAGUCGAUAAAUGAGAAGGUAGCAUUAGCACUGUAGAGCUAAAAAGAUAGAUUUAUCUCUAAAAUCUUGAACGAUGUAUAUUCCUACUAUAGCUUCAUCAGAUCCCACCUCUUCAUCUUCUUUGGCACCAAAGAGGAUGAUGCUACAGAGAUGCGACAGUGGGUUUAAGCUAAGGAAGCUUAACGAUGAUCUUGUGGAAGAUAAUGUGCAGCAGAUCGAGUCAAACAUCACACAAGAAGAGAGUAAUCCCGUUUCCGAAUCAGAAGCAGGUUUGGUGCCUCACACAGCAGAGCUCACUACUCAUGAGGAGAGUCAAAAGCUGUCAGCCAAAUCACAGCUGUAUAAGUUAUGUUCUGUGAGGCAUAUUUACAGUCAAAGCUACGAUUGAAAUGAAGGAGGAUUCUCGGAUAACGGUUUUGGAAUGUUUCGGGGAUCCACAUUCUAAGAAGAAACUCGCAGCUGAGCAGGCAGCCGAAGCAGCGCUUUGGUAUCUUAAGAACGUGGGUCAUACUCUUCAGACAGAGAAACCUUCUCGUCGUCAAGGGCGUACGAAACCGGUAUAAAUGAUGGUGGUAACAGGUGAACACGCUGUAUAUAUAUCUUUAUCCAGUUGCAGGUGAUCAAGUCGUCUUAUUUUGUUCAUGUUCGUAGGCUUUGAGGAUUAGUUUUUGAUAUAAGCUCUACCUAGGGAGCUCAAAAGGGUAGCCUCUAUCACAAAACACUCAUCUAUUUAUAAGACUAUGUUGAUGUGUAUCUGUAGCAUCAGUUGUAAGUAAAGUAUGGUUAUCACUUCUCUUCUCUCUUUGGUUUCUCAGUGUUACAGUCACUCAAUGUGUGGAUUUAAAUGAAAUGAUAUUGGUUAAGAUA